AUGAUGGCUGCAGGCCCCCGGACCUCCCUGCUCCUGGCUUUCACCCUGCUCUGCCUGCCCUGGACUCAGGUGGUGGGCGCCUUCCCAGCCAUGUCCUUGUCCGGCCUGUUUGCCAACGCUGUGCUCCGGGCUCAGCACCUGCAUCAACUGGCUGCUGACACCUUCAAAGAGUUUGAACGCACCUACAUCCCGGAGGGACAGAGAUACUCCAUCCAGAACACCCAGGUUGCCUUCUGCUUCUCCGAAACCAUCCCAGCCCCCACGGGCAAGAACGAGGCCCAGCAGAAAUCAGACUUGGAGCUGCUUCGCAUCUCACUGCUCCUUAUCCAGUCGUGGCUUGGGCCCCUGCAGUUCCUCAGCAGAGUCUUCACCAACAGCCUGGUGUUUGGCACCUCGGACCGUGUCUAUGAGAAGCUGAAGGACCUGGAGGAAGGCAUCCUGGCCCUGAUGCGGGAGCUGGAAGAUGUUACCCCCCGGGCUGGGCAGAUCCUCAAGCAGACCUACGACAGAUUUGACACAAACAUGCGCAGUGACGACGCGCUGCUCAAGAACUACGGUCUGCUCUCCUGCUUCCGGAAGGACCUGCACAAGACGGAGACGUACCUGAGGGUCAUGAAGUGUCGCCGCUUCGGGGAGGCCAGCUGCGCCUUCUAG